UUACCAGCGUAAACAAAAACGUGCAUGUUCUAAUGGCAUGUUGUAAACAGUGUUGUUCUUGGUGAUCAGACAGUCUGUAGUAAACGAAUAAGCGCUAAGUUGAAUGUUAUUCGAGAAAUCAGAUCAGAAUGUACAGCAUCUUGUUCAAGCAGGAGCAGGCCCAUACAGACAGCAUAUGGAGCUGUGCUUGGAUGAGGAGUGAUAAAGAUGGCAUGGAGAACAUCGUCACUGGAUCUGUAGAUGACCAAGUCAAAGUCUGGCAAUGGUCCAAUGAUGAGCUGAAGUUGAAGUGGACAUUAGAGGGUCACCAGCUGGGUGUGGUAUCAGUGGACAUCAACCCAACAGGGACAAUCGCCGCCUCAAGCUCUCUUGACAGCAACAUCCGCCUUUGGGACCUGGAAGUGGGCAAACAAAUGAGGAGCAUAGACGCUGGGCCUGUUGAUGCGUGGACCAUAACAUUCUCACCGGACGGUCGUUUCUUAGCUACAGGAAGCUACACGGGAAAGGUCAACUUGUUCGGGGUCGAGAGCGGGAAAAAGGAAGCCACACUUGACACCAGGGGAAAGUUCAUCCUCAGUAUUGCAUAUAGUCCAGAUGGAAAGUACAUAGCUAGUGGCGCCAUCGAUGGCAUCGUUAACUUAUUUGACAUUCAGACAAGUAAACUACUUCAUACAUUAGAAGGUCAUGCUAUGCCCAUUAGAUCACUGUGUUUCUCCCCAGACUCACAGUUACUUGCCACAGCGUCAGAUGAUGGACACUUAAAAGUUUAUGAUGUGCAACAUGCCAACCUAGCUGGGACGCUAUCCGGCCAUGGGUCCUGGGUUCUGAGUGUGCACUUCUGUCCGGACAACACCCAUUUUGUCUCCAGCUCGUCAGACAAAACAGUGAAAGUAUGGGACGCCGGAGCGAGACAGUGUGUUGCAACAUUCUACGAUCACUAUGACCAGGUCUGGCAGUCAAAGUACAAUGGAAACGGAUCCAAGGUUGUUUCAGUAUCUGAUGACAGAGCCAUCCAUGUAUACGACUGUCCGUUAUAGUACAAGAAACUCCAGUAGCAUACUUCUAAGACUUGACACAUUCUUCCCAGGCUUUUAAGACGAUCCCUUGAUAAAGUCACUCUGCCUGUGGGGUUCUCAAAUCGAGCACUGGAAACAUCCCCACUUGCAUCGCUGCAACACCACCUGCUGAAAGCCAUUAAGGUGUACUGUACAGUCCCACAAAUUCAGCUUCCUUUGAACAUCGUUCCAAGCUUUUUAACUCUAAAGUUCCAUCUUUGAAAAGUCACAUGGCUGUGACAUUUUUCCCAUGGCCAAAAGAACUGUUGUCAGGAAUGACUGAAAGGAGGCUAGUUUUUUUUGUCCGAAGAUCCUACAGGUACAGACUUUACUACACCUUACUGAUGUAAAGAUGGGCAAAGAUCUCUUGCAGAAAAGUGGAAGGAAUUUUAUAAGAAGUUGACUGCGUUGCUUUCCAUUGAGUUUUUUUGCUGAUACUGAAUUUUAGGCAAAAUUAAUGUAAUACCAGGGAACCAAGAAUAAACUUGGACUGAUUGGGAGCAUGUAAUUCAUGUAGAUAGUUUUAUCUGACAUCAUACCUUGUAAACUUUAACUUCCAGCAAGUAGAAAUUUCCCUUGGGGUCUGUCUACCAUAUUACAGAACACCGGUUUGCAUACAAUUAUGUACACAUAUGUUGUGGGUGUUUUUGCUAGAAGAGCACAAGUACUCAAAGUUUUGAGUUUUUUUUUAAAUUCUUUUGGAAGUUCUUAAUGUCGUUUGCCCUUGUGGAACAAGAGGGAAAGUUAGUGUUUUCUUUUGAAACAAUUUAGUAGAAAACAAGAUUCUCUGAUGGUACAAUAUGUAUGUUGGGGGGGAAUUUUAACUUGGUUAAACCAUAUCUUACCAUGGAUCUCUGAAAUUUAAUUUUUACUUACACUCUGUCGGAGUAAGUCUGUGAUGGGUAUUUGUUUAUGCUAUCAUAGAUUUAAUGGUAACAGUCAAGGUACACUGGAAGCAUCAGUCAGUACAUUGUUGUACUAAAGGGAAUGAAUUUGGUUGGUAACUUGUAAAUAAAUAUGUCACACUAUUAAUUGUGAAUACAUUUUGAAUACAAUCUUCCUAGUCUGUGUUUUCCUUUUAUCUUACCAUGUCUUGCCUUUUAUCUUCUUUGAAAUCGUUGUGUGCCCAGAAGAAGGGGGUACAGCUCUACGCCCCUUUUUUAACAGAUGGUCGUAAGCAAUAAAGUUGCCCGACAAAAAACAAACAUGGCAUUACUGAUACAUAUUUUUGCUAGAAUAACCAGACAUGUAUUCUUAUUGCUAAGCAGAAUUUAACAUUUCUGUUAUGAUAUGCUAAUGGUAGAAAACCGAUCAAACUUUCACACCCAGUUUUAUAAGAAGGAAAUUGUUCACACUUGUUGCUUACGCCACUCAAAAUGCAAAACAAUGGAAUAGAAACAGUAAGUAUUUAUAGCCACUGAGCAUUGACUGUGUACUGCAAAGUUUCAGUUUACAUGUAGGAUGUUGGAGGAGAAUUAUUCAAGGGAAAACCCACAAAGUCAGGCGGAGACUGACAACUCAAUCCACAUAUAGAAUCAAUGUCUCCUAUAUAGCGCACGUAUCUACCAACAAGGUACUCAAGGCGCUUAGUAUAUGUAUUUAUACAGUAAGAGAGGCUAAGGAAAGUUAUGAGUUCUGAGACCCAAUUAUGUAGCACCUUGCAAGGGUUUACAAGGUGCUACAGUGCAUAUAGCAGCCAUAGGUCCCCCAUUGGGAUUUGAACCCGGGGUUCCUGAGGUGGAAGGUCACCAUGAUGAUGAUGAUAAGCUAUGAUUCAGACAGCACUGAAAACAGUACUAAGGAUCAGACACAUCUCGGUUAUUUUACAGAAACAAUUUAACCUUUAGACCUUACGUACAUAAUGACGUCAUUUCAGUAGGACACCCUCGGCUAGUUAUCAAAAGAAGGUACAUGUACCUGAUUGACCCGUCCUGUGCGCUGUGCAUACAUAGCUGCGCGUUUCUAUCACUAUUUUACCUCCAAGAUGGCGGCUUUAUGAUGACAAUGCAUAAGGUCCAUUUAGUAGGUGAACAUGGAAGGUCAAGAACACCACUUUAGAGGUGCAAUCAACAAAUGGCAACUUUCCAUAAACUGUUAGCAACUUUUCAAUGCGUCAAACUGUUCAUUUUUGACCUACAUGUAGAUGAAAUUUCAUAGAACUGCUGAGCACAAAC